GCCAUAAAGAAUGCAACGUGGUAAUGCAAGAGCUAAUAAUGAUAAUCUUGUAUCGCAUCACCCACACAUGCAUCCACAAUCUCUAAUGCUCGUUCGUAUCAAAUCACCAUUUCAGAGAGUUUUUAUACCUGAAAGUUGGGGAAAUGCCAGAGGUCUGGUUGGGAUCUCAUACUGCAAGAUCUCAUGGAGUGAAGGUGGCAAGAAUACACAUGCAUGACUGGCUAAUUCUGUUACUUCUUGUGAUCAUUGAUGCUCUUUUGAACUUUAUAGAACCUUUUCACCGAUUUGUUGGGCAAGGGAUGAUGACAGAUUUAACAUACCCAUUCAAACCUAACACUGUACCUGUGUGGGCUGUUCCAAUUCUUGCUGGAGUUUUGCCAAUUGCUGUUUUUUGCGUGUACUAUUAUUAUAGAAAGGAUGUUUAUGACUUGCAUCACUCCAUAUUGGGGCUAUUGUUUUCUCUUCUUGUCACUGGAGUUAUAACGGAUGCUAUCAAAGAUGCUGUUGGUCGACCGAGGCCAAACUUCUUUUGGAGGUGUUUUCCUGAUGGAAAAGAGGCAUUUAAUCCGGUUACUAAGGAUGUUAUUUGUCAUGGAGAUGCCAAGGUUAUAAAGGAAGGAUAUAAAAGCUUUCCUAGUGGGCAUUCUUCAUGGUCCUUUGCAGGUCUCACUUACCUUGCCUGGUACAUGUCAGGGAAACUCAGGGUGUUUGAUCGCAGGGGGCACGUAGCUAAACUCUGUAUUAUACUUAUUCCAGUACUAAUUGCUGUCCUUGUGGGUAUUUCUCGUGUGGACGACUACUGGCAUCAUUGGACUGAUGUCUUUGCUGGAGCUCUUAUAGGAACAACAGUAGCUGCAUUUUGUUAUUUACAAUUUUUCCCAUACCCAAAUGAGAUUGAAGGUUGGGCACCUCAUGCUUUUUUUGAAAUGAUGGCAGAGAGGAAUAAAGUUCAGCCCUCAGGUGUUAGGGCUAAUUCGAUAUGUAUGAGAGGGAUGACAGAUAUUGAAACUGCAUUCAUGGCUGCCGAUACUUGAGCGAGAAAUUACUCCAGACCCACAUUAACUAAGCACAAGCACAAGUUAAGAUAAUGAAGUUAAAUAGAAAUAGCUAGAGAGGCUUAUAUAAGACUGUACAAUUCCUUUUUCUUUGUUCUGGUCGAUAUUUCAAUACCAAACAUGUUAAUAAAGAUGAUG